AUGAGAACCCUUAUUUCUUCUUCACCUACCCUUCCAUCAUCUCUAAGCACCCUAUCGAUUUGCGGUUGUCAGCCUUUGGAGAGACUGCCAAACCUUGCGAAUCUAAGUAACUUGAUGACAUUAUAUUUGAGUCAUAUUGGGGUGUGCGAGAUCCCCGACCUGGGAGAGUUGAGAAUGCUCGAGAAGUUCCACUUAAUGGACGCUUCAAAUCUGAUCAAUCUCGAUGGUCUCGCACAUCUAGAGCUUCUGGAGGAACUGAGUGUGAAUGGUUGUGAUGUACUGAGAAAACUACCCAGCCUCUCAAAUUUGACCAAGUUACGGGAGCUCAAGAUCAUUGAUUGCCCAUUCCUCUCUGAGAUCCAAGGGCUUGGUGAACUGGAGGAUUUAUCGUUUCUACUGAUCAAGGGAUGUAAUCAGCUGACUGGGGUAACGGGGCUUGAUAAAUUGGAGUCAUUGCAACAAUUGAUGAUUACAGAUUGUGCGGUGAUUAAGAAGCUGCCUGUUCUAUCUGCUUUAAAGCACUCGUGGAAGUUGAGAAUUACGGGUGCAAUGGCCGACUGA